CUAGAGCUGGUGUUGCAAUCAAACGGUUCAGAUCAAAACACGUGCACUGAUUUGUGAGAAACUUUGUCCCUGAUUAACGUGUCCCCAGCGGGAGUGGAACACAGAAAUUUUCACAGAAAAAACUGCGCGAGUAUGGAAAGUUUUUCCAUGCUUGUGUUGUUGCAUUGUCCCUGAAUUUGUACUUGAUUCAGGGACGUCACUCAGUCUGAGUCUGUUUCUGCAAAUUUCAAAACCCUCUCUCUCGUUACUCGCCAUCACUAGCGAGUGCUCCUUCUUCCUCUUCGCGAAAUUCGUAUGCGAAGAAGGAGGUAGGGAUUCGCGCUCCUGCUUUCUCAGACUGCCUAAUUAUCUUUUAUUCUGCGAAGUAACUGAGAGAUUGAAGAUGGGAGGAGAUGAUUCUGGUUUGGAGAGUGACAAUUUUGAUUGGAACACUGAAGAUGAGCUUGAAAUUCAGAACUAUAACUCGUCGUCUUCAUGUUUAACCCUUCCUAAUGGAGAUGCUGUUACUGGCUCUGGAGAGGCAAGCUCAUCUGCAGUUUUGGCUAAUUCCAAGGUGCUUGAUCACUUCGUCAGCAUGGGAUUUUCUAGAGAAAUGGUUUCUAAAGUAAUUCAGGAAUAUGGUGAGGAAAAUGAAGAUAAACUACUUGAAGAACUUCUCACAUACAAGGCUCUAGAAAGUUCUUCCCGUCCACUGCAGCGAAUUGAGCCAGAUCCUUGUUCUUCAGAGAAUGCAGGGAGUUCUUGGGAUGAUUUCUCAGAUACUGAUAUUUUUUCUGAUGAUGAAGAAAUUGCAAAAACUAUGUCUGAGAAUGAUGAUACCUUACGGUCUUUGGUGAAAAUGGGGUACAAGCAGGUGGAGGCUUUAAUUGCCAUAGAAAGAUUAGGCCCAAACGCCUCACUUGAAGAAUUGGUAGAUUUUAUAGGUGUUGCUCAAAUGGCAAAGGCUGAAGAUGCUCUUCUGCCUCCUCAAGAAAAGUUACAAUACAAUGACUAUGCUAAGUCCAAUAAACGAAGAUUAUAUGAUUAUGAAGUGCUGGGAAGGAAAAAGCCUAGGGGAUGUGAGAAGAAAAUCCUCAAUGAAGAUGACGAGGAUGCUGAAGCUCUUCAUCUUCCAAAUCCGAUGAUUGGGUUUGGUGUACCUACAGAGUCAAGCUUCAUAACACACAGAAGGCUUCCAGAAGAUGCCAUUGGGCCUCCUUACUUCUAUUACGAGAAUGUAGCCUUAGCACCAAAAGGUGUUUGGCAAACAAUUUCAAGAUUCUUGUAUGAUGUUGAACCUGAGUUUGUAGAUUCGAAGUUUUUCUGUGCUGCAGCCAGGAAAAGGGGAUAUAUUCACAAUCUCCCCAUCCAAAAUAGGUUCCCACUUCUACCACUUCCACCGCGCACAAUACAUGAGGCUUUUCCCCUAACAAAGAAAUGGUGGCCCUCAUGGGAUAUUAGGACCAAGCUUAAUUGUUUGCAAACAUGUAUUGGCAGUGCAAAACUAACAGAAAGAAUUAGGAAAGCUGUAGAAAUCUAUGAUGAAGAUCCACCUGAAAGUGUACAGAAGUAUGUUCUUCAUCAGUGUAGGAAAUGGAAUUUGGUUUGGGUGGGAAGAAAUAAGGUUGCUCCAUUAGAGCCUGAUGAAGUAGAAACACUGUUGGGCUUCCCAAGGAACCACACCAGAGGAGGUGGGAUAAGUAGGACUGACAGAUACAAGUCACUUGGUAAUUCAUUCCAGGUUGACACUGUGGCAUACCACUUGUCAGUUCUGAAGGAGAUGUAUCCUAAUGGUAUCAAUCUUCUUUCUCUCUUUUCUGGAAUUGGUGGGGCGGAGGUAGCUCUUCAUCGGCUUGGCAUCCCUCUCAAGAAUGUUGUGUCUGUUGAAAAAUCGGAAGUUAAUAGGAAUAUUGUUAGAAGUUGGUGGGAGCAAACAAACCAGAAAGGUAAUCUAUAUGAUAUGGAUGAUGUAAGGGAGCUAGACGGUGAUCGCUUGGAACAGCUGAUGAGCACAUUUGGUGGUUUUGAUCUAAUUGUUGGUGGCAGUCCAUGUAAUAACCUGGCUGGUAGCAACAGGGUCAGCCGGGAUGGACUGGAGGGAAAAGAAUCUUCUCUCUUCUUUGAUUAUUUUAGGAUUCUAGACUUGGUAAAAAAUAUGUCGGCCAAAUAUCGAUGAUUUUUGUCCCAAGAAGCCUCUUUCUCCGGUUUUGUAUUUAAUCCAAACAAUUAGGAUCUUCGUAUAUAAACCUGCAACAUUAGAGACAGAUACUUCUCAUUCCAUUUUUGUUGCCAAAGAAAGGCAACGUUUUCAAAUAAAAAAAUUAUCUUAAAAUUUCUGAUUCCA